AGAGCGCUUGUCUGGUCUGACCUGGCCCCUGUAACUCCCCUAUAACACUUCGUCCUGAUAAACAGCUGCUUACCAUUUCGGGAACUUUUUUAAAGUUCCCUCCUCCAAAUCGAGAUGUAUUCCUUUUCUUUUCCUUUGUUUAGUAGGUGAUUACAGCUCACCGGUCUAUGGAUGUAAAUACACCGCUGGAAGUGUGGAUUCUCGGUUUGCGUAACGCUCCCACGUCCUCCUGCAACAUCUGGAUUAAGUAUUUGCAGUCGGGUCUCUCGGCCCUGCAGCUCAUCUGCAUGGACGGACUGCAGCCCUAGACUCCGGAGUCCCUUUGAUAAACUCUUUUUUGGAAAAAAAAAAUAUAUUUUUAAUUUUUUUGGGGCGGGGGGGGACAUAGAUUAUGUAUUCUUUAAAAUGGGUGCGAACAAUGGAAAACAGUACGGAAGCGAGGGUAAAGGGAGCUCCAGCAUCUCUUCUGACAUAAGUUCCAGCACAGAUCACACACCAACUAAAGCCCCGAAGAAUGUGGCUACCACCGAAGAGAACAGCACAAGAACGCUGAGCACCCCCAGCCCGGGCCUGAUCCUGCCCUCCAAGUCCUCGUCCCUCUCCUCGCCAGCUCUCUCCAGCAACGGCCAUGAAACCAACUCAUCCUCCUCAUCCUCGGCCCCCGCCGAGACGGUGGCCGUGAUCCACCCUCAGCCCGGCACCCACACCCGCUCCAGGCAGUCCAAAAGCCACCACCACGCCCCGAUCGACCGCCUGCCCGACCACAGCCUGCUGCAGAUCCUCGCCCACCUCCCCACCAACCAGCUCUGCCGCUGCGCGCGCGUCUGCCGCCGCUGGUACAACCUGGCGUGGGACCCGCGGCUGUGGAGCACCAUCCGGCUGACGGGGGAGCUGCUGCACGCCGACCGCGCCAUCAGGGUGCUGACGCACCGGCUGUGCCAGGACACGCCCAACGUGUGUCUGACGCUGGAGACGGUGGUGGUGAACGGCUGCAAGCGGCUGACCGACCGCGGGCUGCACGUGGUGGCGCAGAGCUCCCCCGAGCUGCGGCACCUGGAGGUCGCCGGCUGCUACAACAUCUCCAACGAGGCCGUGUUCGAGGUGGUGUCCCGCUGCCCCAACCUGGAGCACCUGAACCUCUCAGGCUGCUCCAAGGUGACAUGCAUCAGUCUUACCCAGGAGGCCUCGCUGCAGCUCUCCCCCAUGCACGGCCAGCAGAUCUCCAUCCACUACCUGGACAUGACCGACUGCUUUUCACUUGAGGACGAGGGUUUGCGAACUAUCGCCUCCCACUGCCCUCGCCUCACCCACCUGUACCUGCGCCGCUGCACCAGACUGACGGACGAGGCCCUGCGCCACCUGGCCCUCCACUGCCCGUCCAUAAAGGAGCUGAGCCUCAGCGACUGCCGCCUGGUCGGGGACUUCGGCCUGCGCGAGGUGGCCCGGCUGGAGGGCUGCCUGCGCUACCUGAGCGUGGCCCACUGCACCCGCAUCACGGACGUGGGCAUCCGCUACGUGGCCCGCUACUGCCCCAGGCUGCGCUACCUGAACGCCAGGGGCUGCGAGGGGCUCACGGACCACGGCCUGAACCACUUGGCCAGGAGCUGCCCCAAACUCAAGUCCCUGGACGUGGGGAAGUGCCCGCUGGUGUCGGACAGCGGGCUGGAGCAGCUGGCCAUGUACUGCCAGGGCCUGCGGCGGGUCAGCCUCCGGGCCUGCGAGAGCGUGACGGGCAGGGGACUCAAGGCUCUGGCGGCCAACUGCUGCGAGCUGCAGCUGCUCAACGUGCAGGACUGCGAGGUGUCGCCGGAGGCCCUGCGCUUCGUCAGGCGCCACUGCCGGCGCUGCGUCAUCGAGCACACGAACCCGGCUUUUUACUGAGACCCGAGUCCCCGGACCGCUCCUCCGACAAGUGGAUGUUGUAAUAGUCCUGCUACGAUGUCGGCAGACGUGUCAGAAUAGGUUGAAAACUGGUGUGCAAUACUGGCUAGAUUUUGACUUUUUGAAUCCACUCGGUGUAGGGUUGCCAACUCCCUGAGAAAUAAAUAAGGGACACCUCAUCAACCCGGUUGCCUUCACCCUUCCUGGCGUGGGGAAUUUUUUAAGCCCCUUUUUUGUGAG